AUGGCUCUCGUCAACGUCCGCCGCGAUGUCAGCGACGUCUUCUAUCGUUACAAGAUGGAGCGCAUCCAGACAAAGAUUGAAGGCAAAGGAAACGGCAUCAAGACCGUCGUCGUCAACCUGAGCAGCGUCGCUCAGUCUCUUGCCCGUCCCGGUGCCUACGUCAUCAAGUACUUCGGUUUCGAGCUUGGCGCUCAGACAAACAUUGACCCCAAGGACGACCGUUGGAUCAUCAACGGCGCCCACGAUGCUGCCAAGCUCCAGGAUCACCUCGAUGGCUUCAUCAACAAGUUUGUUCUCUGCAAGAAGUGCAAGAACCCCGAGACCGACGUCCAUAUCAAGGAUGACCGCAUCCUGCUUGAUUGCAAGGCCUGCGGCCAGCGCUCUGAUGUCGAUAUCCGUCUCAAGCUGAGUGGCUUCAUUCUCAAGAACCAGCCUAAGAAGGGCAAGAAGGACAAGGCCGAGCGCAAGGCUGCCCGAAAGGCCAAGCAGAACGGGAAUGGUACCAAGGAGAAUGGCCAGGGAAGCGAUGAGGCAUCCGAGAAUGGCUCCAACGAGAAUGGUGACAACGCCGACGCUGACAGCGACGAUGAGUUUCAGAAGAUGCAAGCUGAGGCUCCUGAGGUCGACGAGGACGAGGAGGUAAAGGACCACGAGUGGGCCGUCGAUAUGAGCGAGGCCGCCGUCAAGGCCCGUCAGGCUUCGCUCCCCGGCGAGUUCAAGCAGAAGCUCAACAUGGGUGAUGACGAUGAUGAGGAGGGUGAGGGCAGUGGCAACACGGUGUAUGACGAUCUCGGCAACUGGAUCCAGGAGCAAGUGGCCGAGAAGGGCAAUGUUGACGAGGUGUCGUCUAUUGACAUCUUCGUCAAGGCCAAGGAGUUGGGCAUUGAGGGCAAGCACCGCACCGUUCUUGUUCUCGUCCAGACCAUCUUCAACGAAAACAUUGCGGCCCAGAUCCCUAAGCGUGCUAGCAUGCUGAAGCAGGUUGUUACCUCUGACCGCCAUGAGAAGGCACUGCUCGGUGGCACUGAGCGCCUCAUUGGCUCCCUGGGCAAGGCUCACCCUGAGGUGUACACGCACAUUGUCAAGAUCCUUCAGCUGUACUACCACCAUGAUCUGAUCAGCGAGGAGGUCGUGACCAAGUGGGGCUCCAAGGCCAGCAAGAAGUACACUGACAUUUCUACCUCCAAGAAGGUUCGCAAGGCCGCUGAGCCCUUCCUUACCUGGCUCGCCGAGGCCGAGUCGGAGGAAGAGUCCUCUGACGAGGAGUAA